CGGGUGCCGUCACUGCGGAGGGGCCUGCGGGCGCGGCCGGGCGGAGCAGCCCCGUCCCCGCAGCGCGCGCCCCGCCCCGCCCCGGCUGCCGCCCCCUCCCCCGCGGCUCCGCCCCUCCAUCCUUGUGUUUUUCUCCUGCUCGGGCGGCGGCGGAGGCGGCGGCGGCGGCGGCGCGGGCUGCAAUGAAUGAGCCCCCGGCCGGGGGCGAGGACGCCAGGUGAGCGCGGCAGCCCCGGGACCCCGGCCAUGGCUCCCUAGGGGGCGCGGGAGGACCACCCCCGGCCCGGCGCCUCUUCCUCUCAUUGUUGCCGUCGCCCCCUCGGCCGGCAUGGGGCGGGCUCCGGGCUCCGGCGCUCGGCGGGCGCGGCUCCCCAGGCUGCCCGGGGCCGCUGCCUGAGCCCCGGCCGCCCGCGCAGCGAGGACCCGGCGGCCACCCGGCACCUCCGCCCUCGGGGGCUGCAUGCGGAUCGCGGAGCGGCGCCUGGGGGCCGGGCGGGCCCCGCCGAGCCGAGCCUAGGGGACCCCCGCCCCGCCGCCCGGGAGCCCCCCACCCCCGCCCUCCGCCCCCGCGACCGAGCAGCAACAUGGCCGGUAAAAGCAAGGCCAGCGAGGCCCUGAAGGUGGUGGCCCGCUGCCGCCCCCUGAGCAGGAAGGAGGAGGCGGCGGGUCACGAGCAGAUCCUCACCAUGGACGUGAAGCUGGGCCAGGUGACCCUGCGCAACCCGCGCGCCGCCCCCGGGGAGCUGCCCAAGACCUUCACCUUCGACGCGGUGUACGACGCCAGCUCCAAGCAGGCGGACCUGUACGACGAGACCGUGAGGCCCCUCAUCGACUCGGUGCUGCAGGGCUUCAACGGCACGGUGUUCGCCUACGGACAGACGGGCACCGGCAAGACCUACACCAUGCAGGGCACCUGGGUGGAGCCCGAGCUGCGCGGGGUCAUCCCCAACGCCUUCGAGCACAUUUUCACCCACAUCUCACGCUCCCAGAACCAACAGUACCUGGUCCGGGCCUCCUACCUGGAGAUCUACCAGGAGGAGAUCCGAGACCUGCUCUCCAAGGAGCCCGGCAAGCGGCUGGAGCUGAAGGAGAACCCCGAGACCGGGGUGUACAUCAAAGACCUGUCCUCCUUCGUCACCAAGAACGUCAAGGAGAUCGAGCACGUGAUGAACCUGGGCAACCAGACCCGGGCGGUGGGCAGCACGCACAUGAACGAGCUCAGCUCCCGCUCCCACGCCAUCUUCGUCAUCACCAUCGAGUGCAGCGAGCGAGGCUCCGACGGCCAGGACCACAUCCGAGUGGGCAAGCUCAACCUGGUGGACCUGGCGGGCAGCGAGCGGCAGAACAAAGCCAACCCCACCUCCACUGGAGGUUCCAACACCCAGGCCGCCGGCAGUGGUGGCGGGGCUGGGAGUGGGGGUGGGUGCGGUGGCAACGGUGGAGAGAGACCCAAGGAAGCCUCCAAGAUUAACCUGUCGCUGUCGGCCCUGGGCAACGUCAUCGCCGCCCUGGCUGGCAGCCGCAGCACCCACAUCCCCUACCGGGACUCCAAGCUCACCCGACUGCUCCAGGACUCCCUGGGGGGCAACGCCAAGACCAUCAUGGUGGCCACCCUGGGGCCGGCCUCCCACAGCUACGACGAGAGCCUCUCCACCCUACGCUUUGCCAACCGGGCCAAGAACAUCAAGAACAAGCCCCGCGUGAACGAGGACCCCAAGGACACACUGCUGCGGGAGUUCCAGGAGGAGAUCGCCCGUCUGAAGGCCCAGCUGGAGAAGAGGGGGAUGCUCGGAAAGCGGCUGCGGAGGAAGAAUAGCCGCAGGAAGAAGGCUGUGUCCGCCCCGGCCGGCUACCCAGACAGGCCUGUCAUCGAGGCCUGGGUGGCCGAGGAAGAGGAUGACAACAACAACAACCAUCGGCAGCCCCAGCCCAUCCUGGACUCCGCCCUGGAUAAGAACAUGGAGAACUACCUGCAGGAGCAGAAAGAGCGGCUGGAGGAGGAGAAGGCGGCCAUCCAGGACGACCGAAGCCUGGUCAGCGAGGAGAAGCAGAAGCUGCUGGAGGAGAAGGAGAAGAUGCUGGAAGACCUGCGUCGGGAACAGCAGGCCACGGAGCUGCUGGCAGCCAAGUACAAGGCCAUGGAGAGCAAGCUGCUCAUCGGAGGCCGGAACAUCAUGGACCACACCAACGAGCAGCAGAAGAUGCUGGAACUGAAGAGGCAGGAGAUAGCCGAGCAGAAACGCCGAGAGCGGGAAAUGCAGCAGGAGAUGAUGCUUCGGGACGAGGAGACCAUGGAGCUGCGGGGUACCUACACGUCCCUGCAGCAGGAGGUGGAGGUCAAGACCAAGAAGCUCAAAAAGCUCUAUGCCAAGCUGCAGGCGGUGAAGGCAGAGAUCCAGGACCAGCACGACGAGUACAUCCGUGUGCGGCAGGACCUGGAGGAGGCGCAGAAUGAGCAGACCCGGGAACUCAAGCUCAAGUACCUGAUCAUCGAGAAUUUCAUCCCCCCAGAGGAGAAGAACAAGAUCAUGAACCGGCUCUUCCUGGACUGUGACGAGGAGCAGUGGAAGUUUCAGCCUCUCGUGGCAGCCGGAGUCAACAACAGCCAAAUGAAGAAGAGACCAACAUCUGCAGUGGGCUACAAGAGGCCCAUCAGCCAGUAUGCUCGGGUUGCCAUGGCAAUGGGGUCCCACCCCAGGUACCGGGCUGAAAACAUCAUGUUUUUGGAGCUGGAUGUGUCCCCUCCAGCUGUCUUUGAGAUGGAAUUCUCUCACGACCAAGAACAAGACCCCCGGGCACUCCACAUGGAGAGGCUCAUGCGAUUGGACAGCUUUCUGGAAAGACCGUCCACAUCCAAAGUCCGGAAGUCCAGAUCCUGGUGCCAGAGUCCCCAGCAGCCUCCACCUCCGUCCACACACGCCUUGCCGGCCGCCGCUGUUCCACACCCCACACCCGUGCUAGACCAUGAGUGACCAGCUUCAGUCAUGCCUGGACCAUCUUGUCCUCUGCUUGGUGUGUGUGUGCGCGUGCGUGCGUAUGUGUGUGUGUGCGUGUGCGUGUGUGCGUGUGUGCGUGUGUGUGUGUGUGUGUAAGGGGAAGAUGCCGGCAGACACCCCUGCCCGCUCUACCUGCCUCUUUUAUUUAAUUCCUGUUAUUUAUUCGUGAAGCUCAGUGGGCAUGGGAGACAUGCCCUCGCCUGGACUGCUGGGGUCACUUCAGAGCCUCUUCUCCUUCUGACUGUUGCUGACCCCCACCCCCUGCCCACCUGCCAACCCCAGCAGAGGGGGCAACUGGUGCCUGAGAAGCGAACACUCCAUCUGCCUCAUGCCCCAAGGUCCGUCUCCUCUGCUGAAGGUGGGUGAACACCCUCCCAAGAAUUUUUUAGGCCUAGAAACACACUUGGUGUCUGGUGCCACCUCCUGAGAAGUCCGGGCCUCUGGGUCCAGCAAGGAGAAGCUUGCUGUCCACUCUCUGGGUCCCUUGGAUGGAGGCCUUUUCAAGGAUGUAACUGGCCUCACAAAUACAGCCAUGCUCAAGCCUGGGCGAGAACUCCUGGCUUUCCCACAUACUCUGCCUUCCUUCCCCAUCCUGGGGGGUGAGGAGUGCAGGGUCAUUACCCAGUCCAUCCUGGGAGCUGCAGCAAAUGGAGACAUCAAGGGGAGGCCCAUCUUCAAGCCCUUUUAUUUCUGUCCCCUCUGAGAGAAGCCACAAACCGGCUCCCAGUUCUUCCCUGCAGUCCAGACACUGCUGUUGCUUUCUCCUGGCUUCACAAAGGGGGUGAGAUCAAACACACACACACACACUUCUAGCACCCGGCGUAGAGACCCAGCUGCACUCAGCCAGCUCUGUUCCUGAGACAACUCUGCUUGGUGGUGGGGCCCUGGGGGAGGCUCCUCACCCUCCUCUGUGACAUUUCAAGGUGCCACCGGUAUCUUGAGCAAAUAGUAAAUAUCUACCAAAAAGACUAAAGAGAGAGAGGUUAAUUUCCAUGGACUUGACUUUUGGGUUUUUUAAGCGUUUAUCUUGGUGCAGGGGCAGAGAGAGAUCAACAGGAAAGCAAAGCUUCCCUCGCCCACCCCAAUUGUGGGAGGCUGAGGGGCGCAGGCAGCUGACAGAUGUGCCUGGCAUUAGGUGCUUGGGAUUUUGCACCAGAGGUGGGGGGGGGGGGUUGUCAGAGCCCAGUCAUUCUCACCAGGAAAUGAGCCCUCCUGGCACAGUUCAAGUUCGGCACAAAGGACCAAGCUGCAGUUUGGUUUAUUCUGCAACAUUGUCAUUUUUGCUCCAGUCCCCGGACUGCAUGGUUGGGCAACUCAACUGCCAUUGGCCUUUGUCUUUGAAGGAAGAAGGGACAAUUUGUCAUCUAAGCCCAGGAGAUUAUUUGAGGCUCAGGAUUCAAGACAAAGGUCUGGCUGCAUCUGGGAACAGAGUUGUGUGCAGAGAUCCCUCCAGGGGGCCUCUUCCCCCCCACUGACUGCUUCCUUGUUUGUGAAUGAAACCACAUGUCUCCCCUGAGCCCCCAUUCAUCACUUGGACACAUCGUAGCUGCAUUGUGCACCCCUCAACCCUCACUGUCUUAGAGCACAAAGUAUCCCACUUCACCACCCCCGUCUGAGGGCUGGUGCAGUGGAGGAGAAAUUCCUGCCUGCAGAGUUCUGUCUUUGUGUGUGGGCGUGCGCGUGUCUGUAUGUGUUUACUUCCGCUGGAAAGGCCUUGUACUCAGCGUCAGACAUGCUGGGAACAGGACUGGCGGGGUGGCUGGCUCUCAGUCUCUGUCUCUUCCUCUCUCUUUUCCUUUUUGGUGUAUCAAGCACUUGAUUGAUAGACUAAGGGCCUGGAUUAGGACCAAAUUUCCGUGUCUGUGGCUAUGAUCUUCGUGUAGGACAGCAGUUCACACGUUGGCCUAUUCUCGUCACUCUGUGACCAUGAAGGACCCAUGUAAUAUAUAGAUAUAUAUAUACAGCAUCCCCUUGUCUCCCCAGUUUAGGAUGAGGCCUCUGUGGAGCUGAAAGGCACCGCCGCCUGGUGCACCCAGCUGUCACCGGCCCCAGCCCUGUUCGGAUUAACACAAUCGAUAAUAAAGGAAUGAGUAUCGUUAUACAACU